UGCUAAUGGUAGGCAUUUUUAUGGGGACCUGUAUUGUGGUAGACAUUUUUAUGGUAGAGAUUGUUAUGAUCGAGUUUGUUACUGGGAGGGUUAUAAUCUGGUAGAGUUGUAAUGUGAGAGAGUUCUUAAGUGGUAGAAUUGUUGAUUGGUUGAGAUUUUCGCGGGUAAUGUUUAAAACUGGUUUAGUUGUUGUGUGGUACAGUUACUUGUGGUUGGCCUAGUUGUGGUUCAGUUGUCGAAAGAUAUAUAUCUUGAACAUUAAAAAAAAAUCAUAAAAUAAUGGGUGGUGAUGAAGGUGUAGCAGUACAACACAAAACGCAGCAGAAUUUAGCUACAUUGGAUACGAGUAAGCUAACAGCUUUGUCAGCUGAAGUCAUCAGUCGUCAGGCAACGAUUAAUAUCGGCACAAUUGGUCAUGUAGCUCACGGAAAAUCGACCAUUGUCAAAGCAAUAUCUGGCGUUCAAACUGUACGUUUCAAGAAUGAACUCGAACGUAAUAUCACUAUCAAACUCGAAGCACGUGCAGCUGAGACGACGACCGGCGAAUUGGCAGAUGUACCUGGACAAGACGAUACGAGUGAUAUGCCGCCACUAUCUUCCAAACGUACAAGAUCAACAUCACGUACAAGAUCAAGUAUAACUCCACCACCACCGGCGCCAAAACGUUCCCAUCUUGAUGUAACAACUCCAGCUACCACCGAACCAAAUAAAAUAAACAAUCAGUUACUUAUAAUUGAUCCAUUAACACCAGCACCGACUCCAUCUCCAUCACCAACAAUCUCCGAAACAAUUGAGCCCAUCAUUCAAAAUAUCGAACUUAAACAAUGUUGCGUUUUUCUAGAAGACAUAAGCAAACUAGCAUGCAAAAAAUUGAUUACAGCAAACUCUGUGAAAAAAGGAUUAACAUCAAAAAAAAAAUCGGGUAAAAACAAAAAAAAAACUGCAAAAAAAACAAAUAUUUAUGAAGUUGAAAAAAUUUUAGAUAAAAAAAUAAAAGACAACGAAGCUAUUUAUUAUAUAAAAUGGAAAAAUUGGGCAUUAGAUCAUAAUACAUGGGAACCGGUAACAAAUUUAACUGAUUGUUCUGCUUUAAUUGAAGCUUAUGAAAAAAAUCAAAUUGAUUUACUCAACAAAUUUCGUGAAUUAGAAAAUUAUUAUCCUACAAUUGUGGAUGUCGAAAACUACAUGAAACAAUUGAUUAAGCGUAGUCGGUCAGUGAACAAUCUUAAUUUUAAUAAUGAUGAAUUAAUUAGCAAUUGCAAAUUAUAUUUAAAAAUUAAUAAUCAUAUAAGUAAUGAAGAUGGUGAUGUAAGCAAUUUACCUAACAACAUUGCGAACAAUGCAAGUAAUAUCGAAGAAGUCAUAAAAAAUAAGACGAACAAUGGAAAUAUUGUUAAAGAAGUGACGAAUAUAAUAGACAUUAAAAAAAUAACUGAAAAAAUAAAAACUGGAAUUUUAAAUAUGAUGUACUGUACUGCGCGUCGUGAACAAUUGGAUUCGCUUAAAGAUUGGAAACGUGAGAUAAAUAGUUUAACAAAUGGUAAACCGAUCAUUGAAAUCGAAAAUAAUGUUGAUUUAGAAUCAGCACCAACGGAUUUUUUUUAUAUAGAAGACUAUUUACCUGGAGCUGGUGUUAUUAUUCCAGAUGAACCACCAAUCGGAUGUGAAUGUGUAUCAUGUAAUGCUAAUAGUGCGUGUUGUUUUCAACAAAAUGAUAGUUUAUUUCCUUACACAAAUUCAUGUCGUGUACGUGUACCAACUGGUACACCAAUUUACGAAUGCAACAAACGUUGUCGUUGUAGCGAACAAUGUCCAAAUCGCGUUGUUCAACGUGGCUCACAUCUGAAUCUAUGUAUAUUUCGUACAAAUGGACGUGGGUGGGGUGUUAAAACAACGAAACAUAUUAAAAAAGGUACAUUUAUAACGCAAUAUGUAGGUGAAGUUAUAACAAAUGAGGAAGCUGAAAAACGUGGGAAAGAAUAUGAUGCAGCUGGGCGUACUUAUUUAUUUGAUCUGGAUUACAAUGAAUCUGAACACUGCCCUUACACUGUUGACGCGGCAAUUUAUGGAAAUAUAUCACACUUUAUUAAUCACUCGUGUGAUCCAAAUGCCGCUGUCUAUGGAGUAUGGAUCGAUUGUCUUGAUCCUAAUUUACCUAAAUUAGCAUUGUUUGCUACACGUGAUAUUUUUAUUAAUGAAGAAAUUACAUUUGACUAUAUGCGUGAAGCAAGUAGUAGAGUAGUCGAUAAUUUCAAAGAUGGAUAUAAUUCAGGCAUUGGCGGAAGUAGUUGUAGCGGUGAUUCAUUAUGGAGACAACGUUUAGAAUUACCAUCAUUGUAUAAUAAUGACGACGAUGAUAAAAUUAAAAAUCGUACUAGAUGUCAAUGUGGUGCUAAAUGUUGUAGACAAUAUCUUUUUUAACGUAAAAAAUAUUUUUUUUUAUUCUUUCUUUUAAUUUUCUUAAAAAAAUUCAUACUGUGUAAUGCGCGCAAAUGUUUCGAUGAAAUAAUAAAUAAUUUCUUACAUUGUUACAUUAUUGCUCAAUAAUGCUAUUAAGUGUUGAUGUUAAUGCUAGAAUAUCUUGAUAGGUUUGUUUAAUUUUUGUGUCUGCGAUUAAUUAAAUGAACAAAAAUAAAAAGUUCAAAAGAAUUUAUAAUUAUUAUGUUUAACAUUUCGUUAAAGAAUUGGAGAAUAAUUGAAAUUAGAAAAAGAAAAAAAAUGAAUUCUAUUUGAUUGUUUAACAUGAAUUAGCAUAAUUUGUUCU